UGGAGAACGGCGGCAAUCGGCAGUGCCGAUUCCCUCCGGGCUUCUCCCGCUGGAAGAUGUCCUUCGGAGACGCGUCUUCGUUCCUCUCAACUGUUCAUUAAUAAUGAAUCGCGUUAUGUAAAGCGAUGAGUAAGCGGCAGAACGACGACCCCUGUGAUCAUUACCGAUCUCAGCAUGUCUUGGAAAAGCGGACAAUCUUCUCUCCAAAAAGACACUCGCCUGAAUGUCUCAAGUCCCGGACCUUCGAGGAAGAAGAACGGAAGAAUGAGAUCGCCGCCUGCAUCGACAAAUUCGCUUUGGCGAAAAGAUUGCACGCGGAGAAUCUGCAGCAUCAGCCGCUCCCGGAUCGAGUAGACGAUUCCAUCUUCAGGAAAGGAUGUCGCGCUUGUUUGACGAGCUACAAACGGGACGCGAAGUCGAAUCAGGAUCGAGCGAAUCUCGCAAUGAGGGUAGAGAAUCGCUUCAGACCCGCGCUCGGCUGCAAGAAGCCGGAGACUCGGAUGGAUCUGGCGAUCUGCUGGGAGACGCCAAUAGACCCGGUAUAUGAGCCUCGCAGAGCGACGCACAUCGACGGUUCCGAGGGUGGCUCAGCUCCGGCAAUCUUUGCCAUGAUCCAGCAUACUCCGGUGCCGAAGAAUCGUGAGCUUCUGUCUCGUAACGAGGAGAAAAACAAGUGCGAUUGUGCGAAGCAGGACGAGACGGAGAAAGAUAGGAAUCGAUGCUGCUAUAAUCGUUCCUACAACGGUGAGGAAUAAUGUAGCACAGGAAAAAAAGGAUAAUCGAUCGGACAACUCUGUGACGAACAGCGAUGCGAGAAGCCGUUGAGGUCGAAUUCCGUGCCGCGCAUCACCGAGCGUAAGUGCACGGCUUGCCAGGGCGGCGAAAUAAAAGCGGAACUCGAGCGGCGAAGAAAGGAUCCGAGACUGAUAAGGUCCGCGGUGGGUUUCGCGCUCGGUCUCGAGGAAAAACGCGGGCCGACAACGGGCAACGAUGUCACGCGCAGAAACGGAUUACCGCCGAUGAAGAUGACGGUGCCGCGGCCGAGGACUCCCUUCGCGAGGCGCACCUUCUGCAUCGACACUCUGGCACCGCCGUUCAGCGUGAAUGGCUGCCGGGAUGCCGACUACCCCGAACACUGGCGCCUCAUGUCCGUGUACCAGCAGUCGUACAGGAACCCACAAAAACGAAGGGCUCGCCGCUUCUAAUCAGAUUGAGGAUGAGCCUAA